AAAACUAAACGUCGUUUGUUUGUGACUUGCUCUGUCUUCUGCAAAAGAGUUGUCGCCUCCCUCUCUAGCUCUUCCUUCUCUUUUCGAUUUCUCUGCGACCCACAAAUGGCUGGAGCAACUCCGACAACCUACUCGCCGACCCCUACAACCGGGAAAUCCAAAUCACUCAUCUUUCGAAACGACGACGUCGAUUGGGUCCGAACCGACGGCCGUGAUUUCCACCAAUGCAGACCUGCCUUUUUCAAGACGCGUGCUGUAAACGCUGCUGCGGGAUCUGCAUAUGCGGAAUUUGGAAAUACCAAGGUCAUUGUUUCUGUAUUUGGGCCAAGAGAGAGCAAGAAGGCAAUGUUAUACAGUGAUAUAGGCCAGUUGAAUUGCAAUGUUAGCUAUACAACUUUUUCCACUCCAGUUCAUGGACAGGGGUCAGACCACAAAGAGUUUUCUUCAAUGCUUCAUAAAGCUUUGGAGGGUGCAAUAAUAUUGGAAACUUUCCCCAAGACUACUGUGGAUGUUUUUGCGUUGGUGUUGGAAUCUGGGGGCAGUGAUCUUUCUGUAGUGAUAUCAUGUGCCAGCCUUGCUUUAGCAGAUGCAGGAAUAAUGAUGUACGACCUUGUUGCCUCAGUCUCUGUGUCUUGUCUGGGAAAAAACCUUGUUAUUGAUCCUGUUUUGGAGGAGGAAAGCUACCAAGAUGGAAGCUUAAUGCUUGCUUGUAUGCCUUCACACUAUGAGGUUACUCAGCUAACUAUAACAGGGGAAUGGUCAACCCCAAAAGUUAACGAGGGAAUGCAGAUAUGCCUGGAUGCCUGUGCAAAGCUUGCAACAAUCAUGAGGGAAUGCUUAAAGGGGCCUGAUUCUGGUUUGGAAGAUUAGAAAAAGUUGUUUGACUAAUUACUUUCGAAUAUUUGAUUCUCUUUCUGUUUGACGUUUGGCCAAGUUUUGCUUGUAUAUUAUUUGGUCCCGUUUUGGAUAUAGAUUUAUCCCAGUUAAACUGGGAAUCAUGGUAAUUUAAAGGUGCAGUAUUGUAAGUUAAAGGUGGAGUAUUGUAAUUUAAAGGUGGAUUAUUG